UCACUGAUUUAGGACUAUGAUUGCACAAGAAAAGAGUAGAAAAAUUAAUGAAUGACUUUUGGGGUUUGGAGGGAAAAAGACAAUCACAACACAAAACUCAACUCAAAAACUGUGAUCAAGUGAAGUAUUCAUUGCCACUUCCCUCCAUCACAUUCAUCUUUUCACAUUCUCUCAGCCUUCAUUGUUGAGGCUUUGCUUAUGGAAGGGAUGAAGCUUGAAAGGUGGCUCACAAGUGUUUUGUUCCUCAUUGUUGCCACAGUGAGCAAUGCAUUAGGUGCAUUUGUGGGGGUAAACAUUGGCACUGAUGUUACUGAUCUUCCAUCUGCUUCAAAUCUGGUUGCUAUUCUGAAAGCACAUCAAAUUACACAUGUGCGUCUGUAUGAUGCCAACGAACACAUGCUACAAGCACUUUCAAAAACUGGCAUUGAAGUAAUUGUUGGUGUCACAGAUGAAGAGAUACUAGGCAUUGGAGAAUCUGCAUCAGUUGCUGCAGCUUGGAUUAGUAAGAAUGUGGCUGCAUACAUGCCAUUUACUAACAUCACAGCAAUAUCAGUAGGUAGUGAGGUUCUCACCUUAGUCCCAAAAGUUGCACCUGUUCUUGUUCCUGCCAUGAACCAUCUGCACAAAGCACUUGUUGCUUCAAACCUUAACUUUAGGGUUAAGAUUUCAACGCCACAGUCCAUGGAUAUAAUUUCCAGGCCUUUUCCUCCUUCCACGGCCACCUUUAACUCCUCAUGGAACUCCACAAUCUACCAGCUCCUUCAGUUUUUGCAGAACACAAAUUCCUCUUACAUGUUAAAUGCCUACCCUUAUUAUGGAUACACUAGAGGAGAUGGCAUUUUCCCUAUUGAAUAUGCUCUAUUCAGACCCCUUUCUCCAGUGAAGCAAAUUGUUGACCCAAACACACUGUUCCAUUACAAUAGCAUGUUUGAGGCCAUGGUGGACGCUACCUAUUAUGCCAUAGAAGCCUUCAAUUUCAAUAAUAUACCUAUUGUUGUCACAGAAACGGGUUGGCCUAGUUUUGGUGCAGUAAAUGAACCAGAUGCUUCUGAAAAGAAUGCUGAGACCUACAAUAAUAAUUUAAUUCUGAGAGUACUCAAUGGUUCAGGACCCCCUAGUCAGCCAAAGAUAGCCCUUAAUACAUACGUAUAUGAGUUAUUUAAUGAGGACAAGAGAAAAGGGCCUGUAUCAGAAAAGAAUUGGGGUAUUUUUUAUGCUAAUGGAAGUAGUGUUUAUCCCUUCAGUUUUAGUGCUUCCAACCAGAGAAAUGGAAAUUCUCUAGGAUCAUUUUGUGUGGCUAAAGAUGAUUCAGACACUGACAAAUUGCAAGCUGGCUUGAGCUGGGCUUGUGGACAAGGCCAAGCUAACUGUGUAGCUAUCCAACCAGGAAGACCAUGCUAUUCCCCCAAUAACGUGAAAAGCCAUGCCUCUUAUGCUUAUAAUGAUUAUUAUCAAAAAAUGCAUAAUGCUGGUGGCACAUGUGACUUUGAUGGUACAGCUACAACAACAACUGAGGAUCCCAGUUAUGGGUCCUGUAUAUAUGCGGGAAGUGCUAACUCGAGCUUUGGUGGAAGAAGUUCAUCUUCUGCAGCAAUUGGACUUGGACCUGUAAGUCCUGUAGGAGUUGGAGCUGGUUUGAACCUGCAAGUGUCCACCUUUCAGUAUUUGAUAUCGUCUAUUAGUGUUCUUUUUGCUUUAAUGAUGUUAUGACCAAAAGAGGCCCCAGUUUUAGAUUGCAACUUUAUACUGUUUCUGGGCCAUAUUUAUGGUACAAGUCUACCCGUUACGUGCCACUUCGUAUGGUGUAUUUGGGGUCAUUCUUGGUAGGUAGUUGCAGAAAUUUAGUGCUUUAGCUGGAGAAUACAAAUGAUUCGAGAUAUACCAUUGCCAAAAAUGUAAUCAAUUUAUUAGUAGUGACUAAUGUCAUUUCAA